AUGCCCACGGACCCAAUGAAAUUCGCUAUGUGGCUAGUGCUGGUGACCUUGUUGUCACAGUCUGCCCAUGAGGCUCAAAGCAGCAGGCGAGGGAGACGCAGCCUUCUGGAGCUGGGUCUCACUCUGUGGUGUUACCGGCAGAGACUGCGGACCCCGCUGUUUGCUCUCAACCUGUAUGGGUGCUACUGUGGAACCGGGGGCUCCGGGACACCCCGAGACGCAGUGGACCAGUGUUGUUUCCUCCAUGACUGCUGCUACCGCCACGCCAGGGUCUCCUUAGAGUGCCGGGGGAGAGUGAAGUGGCAGCCCUAUGAGUUUGCAUGUAGCCCAUCGGGGACGGAGUGCCGCUCUCAGAGCGUCUGCGGCAGGAUGGCCUGCGAGUGCGACAGACAGUUUGCUGAGUGUCUGACGGCAGCAAAGCCCAGAAAGAGGCAUUUCUUCUACAAUAGGAGAGAGCUAUGUACCGGUCCCAAGGGCUCCUGCCCGGCCACCUUCCCCAGCAAGGCCGAAAUCCUGCACUGGAGAAAGACGCCUUCCCCGCCCCCUCCUGGCAGUGGCUCCCCAAGCAAGGACUCUGCCUUGGGAGCCAGGGACAGAAACCCCUCCCUGUGACUGAGUGGAUUCUGCUUCAUGGGGCUGUGCGGAGCUCUCCUGGUCCCUGGGUUUCUGUGGUUUCAACCUCUCUAGGAGUAAAUGGUCUCAGCAACUGCUGGGUGCUCUCACUGUGGCCUGAGCAAACCGGGGAUCGUGGGGGCGGGGGGCAGGAGAGAGUCGUGGUAGCUUCAAAGGGGGGGGGCAGUUAUGGACUCUGCCUGGGUACUCUGGGAUCAGUGGCUCUGGCAUUCUCCAGGCUCCGUAUGGGAGGCAGCUGCGGG